AUGGCGUUUCAGAUAGUUUCAGACUUGCACCUCGAGUCGCCCAAAGCAUACGACGUCUUCGAAAUUGUGCCAAAAGCACCUUAUCUUGCCUUACUUGGAGACAUCGGCAACAUUGUCCCACACAAGGAGGAGGUUCUUGCGUUCCUGACGACUCAACUCAAGCAAUUUCGAGUUGUGCUGUUUGUUCCUGGAAACCACGAGGCUUAUGGUUCGACAUGGGCCGCGACCUACGAAAUCAUGCGGUCAUUUGAGAAGUCCGUCCACAGUGACGAUUCACUGGGAGAGUUUAUUCUCCUUGACCGAGGCAGUUUUCAAGUUCCAGGAGAGAAAGUCAUCGUUCUCGGCUGCAGUUUGUUUUCCUCCGUGCCGCAGAAAGACGAGAUGGCCGUCAGUUUUGGAGUAAACGACUUCUUCCAGAUCCACGACUGGGAAGUCGCAGCACACAAUGAAGCACACCGAAAAGAUCUCGCGUGGCUGAACGAUCGGGGCUCAGAUUUCCAAAUUCUCAUCUUUACUCACUGGAGUCCAACAGCAGAUGCACGCUCGAGCGAUCCGAGACAUGGAAACAGCGCAAUCAAGUCCGGAUUCUCUACAGAUCUUUCUAGCGAGUUGUGUUUUACAGACAGGAAUGUGCGUGUGUGGGCAUUUGGGCACACACACUACAAUUGUGAUUUUGUCCUCGAGUGCGAAGAAGCCAAUACAGGCCCCAUCAGGCUUAUCGCAAAUCAACGUGGCUAUUACUUUGCUCAAGCAGACGGCUUCGAUGUUGACAAAGUUGUCGUUGUAUCGAAAGUGUAAUUAUUUGCCCAUUGGCGGGGUGACAGCGAGCAUGAGUACUGUACAAUACGCGCGUGAUACUUACGGACUCAGUAGGGCCAUCCAUAGCCAGUUCUCAAAAACCCCCAACGAUGAUGAUCUGUAGCAAAGUAUAACGAAACAACUCAGCUGCCACAGAAGUUGCAGAUCUCACCAAUGAUAUGGCAGUGACCGUGGACUCGCUCUUGACCUCUAUAUCUGAAGCUCUGAGCGCGGCACAUGUUCCCUGUGUUCUAUGGGGACACAUGAUGCUUGGCGUACACGGAGUCCCGACUAUGAUUGGU